UGACAGGUCCUGAUGUGUAAACCCAGCGACGCCGACAUUUUCUUAGUCUGUACGUGUGAUUCAAACAUUAUUUCUAAAGUCAUCCUUCAUCACGUGCAAAUAUAUAUAAGGAUCCAUGGUUAUUAUGGAACAUAGAAAUACAUAUCUCCUGCUGUUCUGCUGUUUUUUCUUGAGAGGAAGUCUUUGUGGCACCUCAUUAAGUAUAGACACGUGUGGAUUUUCUGGGGAGUCGGUGUCAUUAAGCUGUACGUUACCAUCUGCAGAAUUUACACAACCUAUAGCAUGGAGCAAUGACAUCAUUGUUGGAGACAUCUCAGGUUGUAUAUCAACUGGUUGUAGUCCUUCUGCUAAUAGUCGCUAUUCUGUAACAUCAGAUGCAAAUGGGACAUAUAUGACUAUUACAAAUCUGGCAAGGGCUGAUGAUGAAACAGCAUGGAAAUGCACACAGCUUGGGCAGUCUGCUUCAACUGUGAACCUGGUUGUUAGAGACCAUCCAACUACCUGUGUUCUUAGCAAGAAUUCUGAUGGCAGCUUUAAGUGCGAGACAGACUGUGGUUACCGAACAUCCGACCUCACAAUUGACUGGUUUCUCAACACAACAUCUGCUGUUGUCGAUCUGUCAAACCCAUCAAUAGCAAUAGAUACAACAUCGACACCAGCGUGUUCCAGUGGGGGAAAGGCGUCUGCUACACUUCCUGCAUCAAACAUCAACGUGGAUGGAGAUCUUUAUUGCAAAUGUGGGAUGCAAACUGCCUGUCCACAAAAAGCUCCAAUUGUCAGUGGCAGUGAAGCAGCUACUGCCACAACAACCACUCCAGCCACAACAACCACUACCACUCCAGCACCCGAAACAACAUCUGUGGCAACAACAGUAACGACACUGACAACAACAAACAACUCUGGUGUUGGGCCGACUUCUACUAACACUUUCACGGCUUCUACUAACAAAACCAGCCUUUCUUCUACGCAAGCAGCUCCUGUCUCCACCACAGCAGUAAAACCUACCAGUUCCCCGGACUGGCAGACCCCAGUAAUAGCGGGUAGUGUGGCAGCGGUGGUAGUCGUGAUAGUAGUGGUGGUUACUGUGGUCCUCUGUAAGAGAAAGUCUAAACCUGCUAAUGAUUUAAUAUCUCAUUCAGCAGAACUGAGAGGUAGUGAUAGGCCUGAUGCUCACGCCAAAGAAGCACAUGUAAAUUCAACAUUUGUUAACUCGGAUUACAGAGAAAUUGAUGAAAAACACUUCCAUGAAGGUUUUCAAGAUCAUAUAAAAAGGUCGAAAGAAAUUUCUUACCAAUCGAGUCAGUCAGAAUCCGUGAAUAAGGGUUCCUUUGUCCCACAAAAUCCUAUCUCUAGUGACCCUGAUGCUGAUCAGACAAGAGAAACAUUUCCCUCUAAAUCUCGCGUGACGAUUCCAAGGCCAGAAGUUAAUUUGUCACGUAAUUCUACCGAGGAUCAGUUCUGGGAAGAAAGAUUGUAGCCACGUUUUCAAAAUGGUCCGACCACUACCACUCCGACUACUACCACCACCACUCCG